AUGUAUCCCUACCACAUUGUUGAGCAUAUCGUGCCAGCACAGCAUAUUCGAGAGUUUCCACGAGCAGUCCUUGAUGCCGAAGAGACCGUCUUAAACCUGCAUGUCAAGCAGUAUAUACCCACAGACAACCCCGACCCUCGACCAGGCGAUGUUACAAUAAUAGGAGCGCAUGCCAACGGCUUCCCAAAAGAGCUAUACGAACCGUUGUGGGAAGACCUUCAUAUACGCUCGAAACUGCAUAACUUUCGGAUACGAAGCAUAUGGAUUGCAGAUGUCGCGCACCAGGGUUGGAGCAGUGUUGCCAAUGAAGAGCUUUUAGGGAACGACCCAUCAUGGUUUGACCAUUCCAGAGACCUGUUACACCUUAUCAACCUGAAAAGAGACCUCAUGCCGCAACCAAUUGUCGGCAUGGGUCACAGUAUGGGAGGUGCCCAACUCGUCAACCUGUCUUUCAUGCAUCCCCGUCUCUUUCGCACACUGGUCCUCAUCGACCCAGUCAUACAACAACAAGCCUCUGUUCCGGAAAGCGUUGGGCCUUCGCCAGCCCGCCUCUCAACUUUCCGUCGCGAUGUCUGGCCCUCGCGCGAGGUGGCCGCGAAGUCAUUCGCGAGCAGUAAGUUCUACCAAAGGUGGGACCCCAGGGUCCUCGAUCGCUGGGUAACGUUCGGUCUACGAGACAUGCCCACCGCUCUUCAUCCCGUUGACCUAGUCGCGGAUGGAUCGAAGCAGGUGACGCUCACAACGCCCAAGCAUCAAGAAGUGUUCACGUUCCUCCGCCCAAACUACGAUCACGAGGGCGCAGGUGGAAAGCCAGUCAACCGCAAGGAACGCCCGGAUCUGGACCCAAGCAUGCCUUCGUUCGGGAAUUUCUACCGCUCCGAAGGCGGCGCUACUCUCAUGCGGAUAGGCCAGCUGCGACCGAGCGCUCUAUAUGUGUUUGGCUCCGAGUCGGAGAUCGGUAGGCCGGAAGGAGCGGAGAAGAAGGUCGGCAUGACGGGCAUCGCGCCUGGCGGGAGCGGGGGUGAGAAAGAGGGCCGCGUCAAGGGAAUCACUUACGAAGGCAUCGGGCAUCUCAUUGCGAUGGAAGCGGUGCAGAGGCUUGCAGAAGACUCGGCCGAGUGGAUUGGCAGGGAAGUACAGAGGUGGAGGGAAGAGCAGGACGAACUUCAGAGGACGUGGCGCUCAAAGCCGCGGCGGGAGAGGCAGAUGGUUGAUGACUUGUGGAAAGAGCAAAUUGGCGGGCCGCUGGGGAAGAAGAAGGUUCCCGCGCAACCGAAGCUAUAA